CGCCCGCGUCCCCCUCCGCCGGGCAGCAGACGCACAUGUUGGGUGUGUUGUGUUUGCAGCAGAGAUUACAGCAGCUUGAAACACGUGUGUGCGCUGUCAGACCGCUGUUUGCUGAACACAGACCGCAGGUACGAUGCGAUAAACACCUCUCAGCCACCGAGGAACACUUGAAGACAUUUUAAUUAAAGGAAAACACUGCGGAGGAAGAGGAGGAGGAGGAGGAGGAGGCUGGAAGACAGGCGGCUACUGGUUCACUUCACCGGGGGACUGAAGGCCUUGCGUCACCAUGAGCUCCAAGGUGUGUAAGAACUGCGGCAGCACCGAAAUCGAUGUGGACGCGGCCCGCGGCGAUGCCGUCUGUAUGGGCUGCGGCUCCGUGCUGGAGGACAACAUCAUCGUGUCCGAGGUGGAGUUUGUGGACUCGGGAGGCGGAUCGCUGGCCGUCGGACAGUUCAUCUCCUCGGAAGGAGCCGCCACCCCGUCUUUUGGAGAUGCACAUUUAGGCGUGGGGAGGGAGUCCAGAGCGCAGACGCUGUCGAGAGCCAAACACAACAUCAACACUCUGGGCCACCAGCUGCAGAUGAACAAACACUGUCUGGACACGGCCUUCAACUUCUACAAGAUGGCGCUCAUGAAGCACCUGACCCGCGGCCGCAAGUCCUCCCACGUCGUCGCCGCCUGCCUCUACAUGGUCUGCCGCACUGAGGGAACGCCACACAUGCUGCUGGAUCUCAGUGAUCUCCUGCAGGUGAACGUCUACGUUCUGGGAAGAACCUUCCUCGUACUGGCCAGAGAACUGUGCAUCAACGCCCCGGCUAUAGACCCGUGCCUGUACAUUCCCCGUUUUGCCCAGAUGCUGGAAUUUGGGGAGAAGAACCACGAUGUCUCCAUGACAGCGAUGAGACUGGUGCAGAGGAUGAAGAGGGACUGGAUGCACACGGGACGAAGGCCGUCGGGACUCUGUGGAGCAGCUCUUCUUGUUGCCGCUCAUAUGUACGACUUUCGCCGCACCAUCAAAGAAAUCGUCAACGUUGUGAAAGUGUGUGAAACCACACUAAGAAAAAGACUGGUAGAGUUUGAGGACACGCCCACCAGUCAGCUGACCAUCGAAGAGUUCAUGAAGGUGGACCUGGACCAAGAGUGUGACCCGCCCUGCUAUACAGAGGGACUGAGGAGGAACAAAGCCCACCAGCUGGAGGUUGAGCUGAAGAAAAAGAUGGAUGACGUUGAAGAUGAGAUCCAGAGCUACCAGGAUGAGAUAGACGCAGAGCUUCAGACCUGUAGACCCAAACUGAGAGGAGUUUACGCCGCCUACACCAAGGAAGACGUAGAAAAUGACAACGAAGAAGUCCUCUCCACGUCGUCUAAGAUGGAAGAUGACGAGGACGCAGAAGAGGAAGACGAGCUUCAGGCCGUGGCCAAGCACUUUGGCAAAGACCUCGACGAGCUCACACUGGAGGCUCUGAUAAAACUGGAACAGAGGGGACCGGAGGAGGAAGAGGAGAACCAAGAGCUGGAAGAGGAUGGCGUCCCAAAGAGAAAAGCCCCGUCGCUGGCGUCCAUCCUGGGAACGAUGCCGACGGCGGCCACUCUCGGCCUCCCGGAGUCCAUCAGCGGCUGCAUCGGAGACGAGAAGGAGAACGAUGGUGCUGCUGACAGCGGGGAGCUGGACCUGAGUGGGAUCGAUGACAGUGAGAUAGAGCUGUAUCUGCUGAGUGACAAAGAAAUAAAAAUCAAGACGGCGCUGUGGAUGGCAGAAAACUCCGACUACCUCAAAGAGCAGAAAGAGAAGGAAGCGAAGAUAGCGAAGGAGAAGGAGCUCGGGAUCUACAAAGAAAAGAAGCCCAGAGGACCCAAUAAGAAGCGUCUCCCGAUCCGGGCCAACACCGCCGACGAGGCCAUCGAGAAGAUGCUGGAGCAGAAGAGGAUCUCCUCCAAGAUCAACUACGACGUCCUGAAGGACCUCAACAUCAAGCCCGGCUCCAGCCCGGCCCGCAAGGUCGAGUCCCCGAAGAAAGAACCGACUGCCGCGAAAUUGACCGGACGCAACCGCAAACCUGUUCGAGCUCCACUCAGCCUCAGCACGCCGCUCAGCACCCUGGGAAAAAGGUUGCAGCCGUUCAUCACCGGACAGCCCAGCAAGAAGCUCGCCGUAGAGCAGAUUGCCAACCCCCUGCCGGUGCCAGUGGGAGCCCCCGCCAGCGGAGUGGUGGUGGAGAGCGGGCCGGUCGUCUACGAUGAUGCAGCUGCUGACGAGGAGGAUGAGGAGGAAGAGGAGCCUUGUGUCAGUGCCAUGGACCUGUUGGGCGGCAACGAUUACGGCUGCGAUGGAGAAUACGACGACGGGUUCUAGCAGGGCUCUUCCCUGCUUCAUUAAUACUGACUUGUGUGGACAAUUAUGAAACCUUAAGAGUAUCAAACGUUUACUACCAGGGACACAAACUGACUGCAGCUACAGAUGGGAGCUCUGGUGCCAAGAUGAAUGAUGGAUUCCCAUCAUGAAUAAAUGGGAGAGGAUGUGUUGGAAAAAUCCCACUCCUUGUCCCAUUUGGCAUCCCAACUGGACUGAACUGGGAGGACUCGCUGCUUGGAUGCUGACAGACACAGUGAAGUGGAAAUGAGGGAUAUUUAUGAGUGUGGUGUGAAUAAAACUGCAGAAUCAAAGGUAGGGAAUAUUGCAGUAAGCACUGGUUUGUUGGUUUGCAGGUCAGAAGACAUUUAGGAUCAAACUGGGCUGAAAUAGGUUCCAUAAAACAGCUGUUUGAUAGUCAGAAAACAUCACUUUUAACUAAAUUGAGUCCAGUUUUAAGCUGCAAACCACCAAAUCAGUCUUCAGGAUGAUUUUUGCAUCCUGAAAUGUUUCCACCGUGUUUCUGUCAAGGGUUUUGAAGGUACUGUAGCAAAAAAGAAAAGAAAAGCCGAACAAAAUGCUCAACGUAUUAUCCUUGAACUUGCACUUUGCAUUCAUGAUUCUCAAGUACUUAACAGUAUGUGAGUUCCUCGAGUGCUUCCCGAUAACUAAUAUAACACACUGCGUCUCUCAACAGUGACAUACUUAAAAACAAGCAUCUAACAAUCAGGUAGCGUGAGAUCAAUCGUCAUUAUCAGUAUUUUCCUGUCAUUUCUGGUUCAGUUGAGAUUGGUCUUUGGAUCAAUAUUCAUUAAUGCCUUAGGUGGUUAGUGGGCCGACACAAGCCAAAGUAUUACAAAGAGGUUGCCUUUGAACAAUGUGUGCCAAUGUCUGCUGAGAUGUUAUUAAAUCCAAAAAUAGUUUAAUUUAAUUCCAGAUUAAGUUCUGAUUAGGAAUCCGAUGGUGUGACUGAUGGUUUGAUUAGUUUUUAUGUUGCUUACACUUUUUCUAAUGGAAUUGAUUCUCUGAUUAAUUUAUGAAUUUGUGUCAUUUGAUUGAUGUUAAAUAUUCUUCAUGACGUCCUGUCACAGGCCACAGAGCCGUUUAAAAGCCAGGAUGUAAAUACAUUUUCUGCAAUAUUAUAUUUUCCAAGUGAUUGAGGGGGCCCAGUUAGCGAAAAGAUCUAUUUUGUAUUUAAGCUUUUAUGAUUUUUGUGUUGGUUAGGAGGUGAAAUAGAUUGUGGCCUUUUCACUGUGUUCACACAACGGUAUAUAGCCAGGCGUCUAAGUUGACCUGGACUGCCUCUGUGUUGCUGCUAUGAGUCAUGAUGUUACGCCUGCAUAUUGUUGUGUGCAUUUGCUGCUACAGUAAACAUUUCACUACAUGGGGAAAAAGAAGCUUGUUUCCUUUUUUUAAAGAAAUAAUGUGCACAUGAAGUCUGUUAUUUUACCCCCAUUAUGUUAUUUUCCAUUCUAGUCUAUUAGGGGUGUAAAGAUUUACAGUAACAAGUUGGGAAUCAGUUUUAAAGUUAUAGACUACAUCGGUACGCAGACCCCUAGAUCGAUGUCAGUGUAUCAUGAACCCGUCGACUGAAGCUCUCUCGUAAAAAGGUCAACGGCAGGGUCUCACAACGAGACUAACAUUACACACGAUUUACAGCACACCAUCAAAUCUAAAGUUUGGAAGACAUUUGGAUUCUAUAAGAAGGGUUGGACUAAAGUUCUGCGGAUGCUAAUACAGCUAGCACAAGCAAGAACACUUCCCAGCAACAACUUGGCAAAGUCUUAAUUAAUCACGGUACAUGGACUUUACUUGUAUAGCGCCUUUCUAGUCUUCCGACCACUCAAAGCCUUUACACUACAUGCCACAUUAGCCCUUUCACACUGCGAUGGUAAAGCCCAUCAAACAUAAACUCACUGAUUCACAUUCACACAUCUUGGGGAUCAGCAUCUUGGUCAAGGAUACUUUGACAUGCAGCCGGAGGAGCCGGGGGUUUAAACCAACAAUGUUCCGAUUAGUGGACGACCCGCUCUACCUCUCAGCCACGGCCCCCACGGCUAAAAGUCUUCUUCCUGGUAUUUUUUCUAAAAUAUAUAGGUUCUAUGUGUUAUUUUAAAUUCAGAAUGGAACAUAAAUGUCUGCAUUAAACAAAUGUUAAGAACUGUAUCAGACUGCAUCGUAUCAUAGCCCACAACAAACACAAAAAUGCAGAAAAAUCUCUAAUCCAUAUUUUUACAUUUUCAGCUGAAUCUGCAGCUUCUCUUUAUGGAGCUUUGUUGUGAGUUUCAGUUCAUUGUUUCUCUCUGGUCAACAAAUGUCCUGUUUUAGUUUACUCUCAUAGCAUUGUUCUCAGAGAAAAAGCUCUAAAGACCCUCUAUACACUCAGAUAAACACAGAUUGAGAGUAGCUGGUGAACAUAGUGGCGCAUUUAGCAGUUAAAAGAGCCAGACAUUUCCCUCAGGAGUUGGUGGAGAAUGGAGUUGUCCAGAAUACAUUUUUUUGGGCUUCGGGAGUAAUCAACAACAACGACAACAGAUAUUUGACUACUAAAGUGUUGAACUGGAGUACUGACUCCCUAAAGACUGGUAAGACCUGGUACAUUUUUGAUCUCAGAUAUCCCAAAACAUAAUUAACACAGCAGAAAGAAAAAUGUUUAAAUGUCUGGAUAUUGUAACUGUCAACAUUAAGACCUGAAAGACAGGGACUUGCUAACUGUUUAAGAAGACUUGUGACUUGACUUGGACAUGUCUUGACUGAUACUAGUCUUGCAACACCAGAAAAUUAGAGAUCUGAGUGUUUACAGGCACAUAGCUUCUACAUGCCACGGCCCUAAAGACUUGAUUGGUUCUGUUUCUCUAUUUGUUUCCACUCAUUUUCAGCAACCAAAGCUGGGAGAAAGUCCUCAGUCUCUAUUGAGCGAACCAUUUAGAGCAGGGUUUUCCCAACGUAAGGUUCAAUUUGGCUUGCCAGAUGUUUCUUGCUCGAGAAAUUAAGAAUUAGUUUAAAAAACGUAUAAAAUAAAUCGCUGUUUAGUUUUUUUGUGAGGUAUAAUGCUCUUUAAAUAUGGAGAAUUCCUUAAUUAUUUUUCAUAAUCUGAGCACGGCGGGACAAAUUCAUUUAACGGUACUUGGGAUACUAGUUCAGCAUCAGCAUCAGCUAUAAAAUUGUAACCAAAUUUUUCCAUUUGGUGCCACAUACAUUUUUAUUUAACACUGCACCAUUCAGUCUCAGUUUUGGCCCUCAAAGAGAAAAGGUUUGGGCUCCCCUGGUUCAAAGAAUAGCUGUGUGAGUUUAUACUGCUGCUAAUUAAGACUUCACCUUGUCUUUAAUGAUUAAGGACUGGAGCGUGACUUACUCUUAAGUUAUUUGUGACUUGAUCAAGACUUGUCUCGACUAUUCCCUUUUUUUUUUUUUUUAGACGGACGACAGAUAGAACUUGGGGAAUGAAGGGCAAAAAAAGCUCCCACCUGGACUAAUCAGGUACCUUGUAUCAAAUGAUGCGGACUUACUUUCACUUUUUUGAGAUUUGACUUCUCUUUAAUAACUUAAGACUUAUGAUGUUAGGUUUAGGACUGACGUGCUCAUUACCUUUGUGUAGAAUUGAACUCAGCCUGAACUAUUCAUGACAGACAAGAGCACCAGGUCUGUUCGCUAUCUGACACCAUCUACCAUCACCAGCGAUGCUUUUGAUCAGAUAAGACGUUUUACUGGUAUCGCUGUGGAUCAUUUAACGCCUGUGCAGUAUUGCAGUUUUCUGAAGGUAUUGUUGUUUCCAGAGAUAUUCGGUGUCUGCGGGCGUGUAAAGGGAUUCUAUAGAAAGAUGAGUCACUCUACAGAGUGGGAGGAAAUCUGAAACUGAGGAGGCACUUAAUGCUGAGCCUUCACACGCAAUGAUUUUUCUUGUUGGGGCUGUGAGUGUUACCGUCUUUACUGUUUCAGCAUCAUUCAAAGGAUUAAAUCUCCUCUUUCUUUAGAAUUGCUCUGAAACUUUCACAAAAAGUCCAAUUUGUGGAAUUUCUAUGUGACUAGAAUCUGAUGGUUCAGUCUGUGCUGCUUUCAGCCUGUUUAUGUCAGACCGGUCGAUUGGGGGGGUAUAUACUUACUUAAAUUACCAAAUAAAGUCAGGGUAUUUGUUGUUGCUCUUCGUGACAAAACAUAUUGACAACUUGGUCAAAGUCAAUACCUGCAACCAACGUCUUGGCUUAAAUUUAAUUAAAUUAUAACCCGAAACUGAACAUAGAUUGAUCAUUUCAAUAUUUUAACACAGCUAUAAUAAAGCAAUACUGAUGUUGGAGCAUAAAGUCUUGCAAUAUAGUCAGUUUAAUUUAUAUAACUAACAAUUACAUCAAGUUUGCCUUACAAUGGCUUUACAAUGGACUGGCAAAAGUAUUUUCUGCUUCUCUUAAAUUUCUCAUUAAUUACAUUAGGUGCAAUGUUUUGAUGGGUACGAUGGUACCAAAGAACUCAGACUCAUGUGUCACUGAAGAAACAUUCCCACAGAGGUGGCUACAACCAACUAGAUAACAACAACAUUGUACAACACUGUUUAAUGUACUAGAGCUGCACGAUGUGGUAAACACAUAUUGCGAUUAUUUUGACAGAUAUUGCAGUAUGAGUCACAAUAAGUGUGGGAAUGAGAAUUUUUGAAUCGCAUAUUUAAUAUUCACUGAAAAAAAUGUUAAAAUCAUGAUUAUGUGACAUUUUGGGCGUCCGUACCAAAAAAACAUGUUUCUUUAAAUCUGGAGAAGAUUUGUAGACCAGGAAAUCUCUUCCGAACUUUAUUUUGUUACACGUUUUAGCUUUAUCAAAUAAUUGCAGCUUCUGUGAUUUGCAUAUUGCACUUCUUCAUUUCGAUUUCGAUCAAUUAACUGUGCAGCCUUACUGUGUACUGUUGGAAAUCAUCAAAAACCAAUCCCAAAACAGCAAAUACAUUUAAAAUGUGUGGUUGUAUCCACACCGACAGUAUGUGUUGACUAUUUCUUCAAUAACACACACCCAAAUUAGUUGUUUUGAAUUUUAGCUUGACACACUGAAGAUUUUCUAAUGUGAUGAAGAAGUGAACGGAUAUUAGUGUUUGUCCUUCGGAAGAUAAACAUCUCAAAAUAACCUCAUGGUCCUUAUUGCAGCACUGCUUACGAUGCUGGUUCUAGAGAAAGGAUCACGUGUAUUGUGGCAUUUUUUAUUUUGAUGCGUUACUCUAAGUGUUAUGGAUGUAACCUCAGACAUCAAUGUUAAUUCUGCUGCUGUCUUAAAGCCUGUUUUCUGUAUUUAAAUUGGACAGCCAAUGGAGACCAUGGUAUGUUCUGCCGUCCCGCAGCUCCAAAAACAUUUAUUUGUCUUAUUUUGUGUUGAAUUGUACAGAUGUGAGCAGAUGCAAUUCAAACUGCUUCAAACUCAUUUGCUUUGUUUCGUUCUACUUUGCCAGUGUUGUGUAAGACUGUCGGGUAACUGCAUCAGUAUUUCAGGAGAGCAGCACUUUUUAAACCCUCUGUCAGUUUCUUUUCCCAGGAAGUUGACAUCUCAUUUUGGACUCAAGUCUUCACAUUUAUGCUGCUGCAGUGUGUCUGCUCUGUCACUGUGAGGCUGCUGCAUUAAAAAGGAUUACCUCAGUCGCUGAAAAACUGCUAAAUUUAUGGAAAACGAUUAAUGUCCCCAAAUUCCUGUAAAGGUUCUGCAAGUUGAGAGUAUUUUUUCCUAGUUGUCAGGUUUUUGAUGUCCAGGUCUGCUGCUGAACCUAAGCUGAGUGUAAAUCGUGUACACGUCUCGACCCGGGUGCGUGAGCUGAAGAUCUGAGAUGUUCAAAUCAGCUUCUGAUUGUGUGAAAACUGUGACACCAAAAUGACUUAUAACAAAAUUAGACAUAAUUUAAUAGUUGAAAGCCUCAUGGGGAUGAAUUUGACGGGAUUUAAUGAUGAACUUCAUGUAAAAGAUUAAUUUUUCGUACAAAAAAAUUUAGAACUUUUUGGAAAUUAACAAAAUUAAAUACUAAAUGAAGCUGUUGUUGUGUGUGUUUAGGAUUUUCUACAUAACUGAGAGCAGUAAUCCAGUUAUAUUUGCUGUCGUUUGGAAAGCUGCAAGUUUCUCCAUUAAAUAAGAUUAAACAUAUUACAUUAGCAAUACUUUGAAACAUCAGGAACGGCUAUAUUUUACAGCUGACGGGUUAAUUUCCAAAAGGCUGAGGUACAUAUCCGUUUGGAAAAAGAUUAGAUGAGACCUGAUGAAAGUUUAAUGACCCGACUGGGGAAAUUGGGUAAAAUCUUUAAGGACUACCUGCUCCGUGUGUAAAUGUGCUGUCAUUUGUUUUAAAUUCUGUCCAACUGACUUCAACUGUAACCUUCUUCUAAACGAUGAAGACCAUUUACUAAAUACGGAAAACGAACUGCGGCACAUCUUUUAAUGUUUCCUAACCUUUAACUGCCCUUUGUGAACUUCUGGUCCUGGAAAAGUCAGGCUGUUAAAAAAAGAGAGAGCGAAAGAAAUCCCCAGAUUCAAUUACCAUGACCGCGUCAUUUGAAGUGCGGCUAAAUUAGUCCCAUUAACAGAUUAUUAGACGGCGUGAAAAUGUCACGAGUAAGCCUUGAGCUGUCUCAGGGAAUUAACGUCCCUUCAUACUCGCCAACAUCUGAACCCGACUUGAAACGGAACGACGCCUCGGGCCUUUUGGAACAGAGAGAUUUGAGAAAACUAUUAAGUUACACUCCCUGUGACCCUCUGCGAGUGUCCCCCCUUUUCGGGUUGACUUUUCUCUUAACACGGCCCGGAAAAUAAUUUCAUGGUUUAUGAUGCUAUGUAAUUGUGCUGUCAGGUCAGCUUUCUAAGCCCCCCCCCACGCCCCGCUCUCAGUUUUCCACCCACCCCUUCUCGCCUUGCUUGCUCCUCCGUCCCUCAGGGCCGACUGUACCUACGCAGCUUUUCCGUAUUCGCCAGCUCACGCUUAGAAGUUUUAGCGAAACUUUAAUCUUCCUCCGACACCAAACUUCCACUGUAACCUUUCCAGUGAAGCCUAGGGACGGAGGGAGGAAGGGAAUAAUAAUAAUAAAGUUGGCUGUUUGGUUGUGCAGUGUUUGUGACCCCGCCACCCUUCCUCGGUGAGAGAGAGCCGAAAGGAUUCCUUCCACCUUUAUGCUGGAUGAUUAAACAGUUUUUUUUUUCCUUUUUCUGUGGCUUCAAGCGGGACUUUAAAGAGAGAAGCAAGUCUUUCUCCUCUUCUUCCUCCUUCCCUCAACUUCCUCUCUCCUCCUCCUGUUUCCUGCUUCCGUCUCUACAAAGAAAGGAGUGCCAGCAGUUCUUUUUCUCCUCAGGUGUUUUUUUUUUUUCUCGUCUCUUCUUUUCUCUUAAUCUUCACCUUUAUCUCGCUUUGUUUCCCCCUAUUUCCCUCUCUUUUCAAUUUCCCAGCAUCCCUCUCUCCCAUCAGCUUUAGUCUUUGGACUUCCUCCUUCUUUUUUCCAAUAAGUCAGGCAUUUGAUCCCUCCUUCCUCUCUUUCCCACCCUCUAUAAUCCCUCCAUCAUUUGCUUUCUUAUCUUGCCUUUCAUAUUCUUUUUCUCCUCUUAAAUAUCCAGUUUUCCUUUUCUUACUCCCGUCUUAUUUUCCCUUCACACCCUUUCCGUCCCUCCAACCACCUUCAGCAUCCUCCCUUUUAUUCUCCUCCUUUCUGACCUCUCCUUGGUUGUUUCUCCAUCACAUUAUCUUUCCUAAUAUCCCUCUAUUCUCAACUCUUCUCCUGAUGUCCCAUCACUCACUCUCCUCUCCUCCUUGUCCCCCUUCCUCCCUCCAUCUCUUUCUCUCCCCCCAUAUUUUAUUUCCUCUCUGACAGCUCCAGUUUAGCCACCAUGCUAACUUCUCCCAGGAGGGUGUGUGUGUGUGUGUGUGUGUGUGUGUGUGUGUGUGUGUGUGUGUGUGUGUGUGUGUGUGUGUGUGUGUGUGUGUGUGUGUGUGUGUGUGUGUGUGUGUGUGUGUGGUUUGACUCAAAGGCACCUUUACCGAGUGAGCCCCCCUCACUCAGCCACAUAUUUACUUCUAUACUUGUGAGGACCGAUCACUGACACCAUGCAUUUCCUAGACCUCAACCCGACCUUAACUUAAAACUAAUUCUAACCUAACCUCUUAAACCUCAAACCGCCCUUCUUAGAGGUGAGACACCAUACACUGUCCUCGCUUCCUAAAACUGAACUUGCAUUUCAAAAUGUCCUCAAAGGAACGCUUCACUUUGGCCCCUCUCUUCAGACGUCCUUUCUUAAAUAAAUACGUCCUUUCUUAAAUAAUAUAUAAAUAUAUUAUUAAUAAAUAUAAAAUAAAUAUGUUCUUGCCUCUUAACAAUGUCCCCAAUGUUCAGAAAAGUCAUUGCUUCCUAUAAAUGUCCUCACUCCAAAGAACAAAACAGUCGAGACUUGACUUUUUCCUCCCCUCGCUUUUUGAAUGCUAACUAUCCAAAAUGGCCUUACUUUUCAAAAAUGUCCCCACUUUCUGAAACGAUCCUUUUUUAACAAUGUCCCUAAUUUUCUACAAUGUCUGAAAAACGAUCUCCAAAUUGUCCAGUUUCAAAAACUUUCUUAAAAAAACAUUCUCAUAUUCUCACUUUUUAGAUGUUUCUUUCCUGAAAAUAUCCUCACUUUCCAAAACUGUUGUUGCUAUUCAAAAAUGUCCUCACUUACAAUAAAUGUCGUUCUUUUCAAAACGGUACAGGCAAAAACUGUCCAAAUAUAUGUCCCAAGUUUUCAAAAAUAUCCUCACUUUUCCAGAAAUAAUGUUGCUUUUCAAACGUUAUUCUCUCCUGAAAAAGUCCUCACUUCCAAAAACUGACUGAACCUUCUAUAGAAUUUACUCACUGUCUAAAAAUACCUUUACUUUAUAAAAGUGUCUUCACUUUUUCAAAUUGUCUGCACUUCCAAUACAUGUCCUUCCUUCCUGAAAAUGUCCGCCCUCUCAAGGUCUAAAAUGAAAAUUGGUCCUCACAAAGACAGAAGUACAGGAACAAAACACACACACACACACACACACACACACGUUUGUGUUCCCAGGCCCGGACCAGGCUGCCUCGUUUCUUGCCAGAGCCAUUUUCCUAAUAAUCCCAUCACGCCUGCCCUCAAACUCUCCUCCCCCCCCACUCCCCCUCUUCCUUCUCCGCACUGCGUUUUCCUGCAUCAGCAUAUCAAACUCACCCCGCCCCGAUCCGCAUCUCUCCCCAAACACCACAACCUCCCCCCCCUCCCGGUUGCCUUCCUCACCCCAAUUAUUUCCCGGGACCUUAGCUUAGAGGGAUUCUUUCACCCCCGCGCUCUAUUUUGUAGUCGGGCUCCUCGCUAACCUCCCCUCCACUGCAGGCGACGGCAUCCAUUGUGUAAUAAAUACGUGGAGGUAUUCAUGUUGCCCUCGGUGACAGAUUUCUCUGCCGUCAUCAGGAUGAAUGCCCCUGACAGGUAGCUUAAGGGGGGGUGUUGAGGUAUUCCUACACUGGAUGUACAGAGACGGUAACAAUGGUCCAGUGGGAGCUUCUGAAGGACGGAACAGCUAUCAGGUUUAUAAGUGGAAGAGACUUGUUUUAGAGCAAAACUUUUCUCAUUAUUUCCCAUCCGACUGACCUUUUUUUUGUCUUUUUGAUAAUGUAGAGGUUCAGUCUGCAUCCUCUCCGAACUAGCUUCCCUCCCCGAUUUGACCCUCUGUCACAGCUAAUCAAGCAUUUCCCUCCCGGAGCUUUUAAACAUAAACGGUCUGUAAAUAUUGCACUUUGGUAAUGAUCGACAAGCACUUAGUUGUUAGUUUGAGGCCUCUAUUCAGAAUACGUCCACACUCAGCUGACAGAAUUUUAAAACAUAUUUUUUCUCCUUAUUUCCGCCCUGCAUACUUACAAAUCCAGUAUUUUUCUUUUUUGAAAAUGGAGCUCUUUGAAAUUACCUCCAGAGUGAAUAAGUCUAAAAAUGGUGCCACAGCAUUUAGUGUGGACGGUGAAAACUGAGCUUUCGACAAUCGCUGAUGUAAGUCCGAUUGAGGGUGUACUGAUACUGCCGAUCACAAAGCAAAGCUGUUGUCAUUAAGAUAUCCUUAUCUUUAUUUGGUCAGGCAACAGUUCUAACAGAGAUUUUAGUGAUGUUUCAGUGAAUGACUGGUUUCCUGAAUAAUAUGUCGCAUUUAUCAACGUGAUGUCAUGGGAUGGCGUAUAAAUACACGCCAUGUUUAAGUACGUAUGUGUACACAUUGGAACUGUGUUGCUUGAACUACACUGCAGAGCACCUUGAAUCUACCUCUGUGUAUAAAACGGGCUUUCUUGCCUUUUAAGUGUUUUCGCGUGUCAUUUAAUGCCGUUAAGAGAUGUCGCAUUUUAUCAGUUUUGGACGAGCAGGAAAGGACGAAGUCAAGUGACAUUUGUUGUCAUGGUAACAAUUGUCAAGUGACAUUGUGAAACGGUCGUAGUUUGGGUUAAAAUAAGUAUGUUUUCACUUUUGUUGACUUUUGUUUUCACAUGUUUGUUUGAGCCAACGCCUCAAUGCUGACUACAUUCAAAUCCAAGCUAAAGAUCUGUUAACCAUUGCUUUUAAUUCAUCUUUAAUUAAUAAAAUGUAUUAGCUG